AUGUUUCGGCAAAUUUUUCCUCUUAUUCGUCGAUGUGGUCAAAAUUUUGCUUGUAGGAAUCGAAGUAUUAAUGGGAAACGAACGUAUAUGUUGACACCAUGGUUCUCACCGUCUAAUCCAUUUAAGAGUUUGGAGCGCCAAAUUCGUGAAAUGGAGCGACAUUUUGAAAACUUCUUCGGUCGUGGUAUUUGGAAUGAAUUCGUACCAUAUAAAGGAAGCGAUGAUUUGGCACUAAUGGAAUCAUUUCGUUUGCGAAAUCCAGUAGUUGAAGAGGAUGGUGUUAAAAAGUAUCUACUUGAGUUCGAUGUUCGCCGUUAUAAACCUGAAGAGAUUUCCAUUGUCACAAAUGCGAAGGCGAGAACGUUAACAAUUAAUGCAAAACAUAUUGGCGAAAAUUCCACUUACGAAUUCUCUCGUACUAUGAGUUUGCCUGAAGGAGUGGAACCUCGUGAGAUCAAAUGCCGAUUCACAUCGGGUGGUUCACUACAGGUAAGUGCUCCUUAUAAUCCAUCUCCACAGGAACCAGAAAAAUCUGAUACCGAAAUCAAUGUGAAACAUGAAUGA